AUGCCGCUCUGGCGUGGCGAGUACCCCAAUGGCACUGCUUACGCUGGAUUCAACACCUUGGACGAGGCGAACGGCGCCAUUGCUUUAAUGAACGACACCAGAUUGCACGGCAAACCGCUUGCCGCCCACCACCACGUCCCUUAUUCUCCAAAAGCGCCGGAAACCAAAGAGAAUGAUGAUACCGCCUCUAUUCACAACAAAGAGAAGACGGUGGCGUUUGAUGACGAAGGUUGUAUCGAGUUUGAGUUUGUCGAAUUCAACACUAAGGCCAUCCACAAGGACUUUGAAGAGUUUUUCGAAGGGCUUACGGUGAAGAGCCUCACCUACGUCAUUCAGCCCCGCUUCAUCGUUCACAAACACAAGCGGGCGUAUGUGCGGGUCUGCAAGAAAAAUGCAAGCGAUGAAGAAAAAGAAGACGAAAAGUUUGACCCCGUUGAGCUCUUAGAAAAGCUUAAGCUGAAAAGAUUGGCUGGCGAGCCCGUCAGUAUCAGAUUUGCUUAA